GAUGGUUGCGAGUUCUUUAACCAUAGAUACUAUGCUUUAAACAAUGGAGUUUUUUGUCAGAAGAUCUCUCCUACUUGUUUUUGCAAUUGGGCUUUCAGCUGUAGAGGCCUCUCUGGUGUCCAACACUAGUGUGGCAUGUCCUGGAGAGGCAGUUCUGUUCACAUGCUCUUCGCCUGGUACUUCAGUGAGAUGGCAAGUGGCUCCUCCAGCGGAAUCUGGGUUGAUGUAUGUACAAAGUGCAAUCUUGCUUGGUUCUGGAGUUGGUCGAAGGGACACAUUUGGAUCUGGAGUGAUCAUGUUUGAGGCUGUUCUUGUGAGCAAUGAUGGUGGAACUCUGACUUCCACUCUCAUCAACCUCAGUGAAGUGUCUGUACUGGAUGAUAGCAAUGUCACUUGUACAAUUGUUAGUGGUGGUGGUGAUGUAAUAGCUACUGUCGAUGUCAUAGUUGCUGUUGCUCCAACCUUUCCACUCAACCUAAGACAGUCCACUAGUCAAAAUCAAAUCAACUCGUCCAUUAUCAAUGUAGAGUGAGACCCUCCCUCCUCUACUGGUGGUGUGUCUGUCAGGUAUGUCCUCACCAUCUCCCCAACACCUCUUUCCGGGUCACCAGUAACCAUGGACACCACCUCAGCACAGAUGACCAUCUCGUAUAACACUCCCUACAAUGUGUCUAUUAGAGCUGUCAACUGUGCUGGCUCUAGUACUGAUGUAAUGGUGAUGAUUCCAUCUAUUGCUGUUUGCCCCUCCAACCCAACACCUGCGGACCAAGUGACCAUCGUUGGUGCUCCUCCACUGCCUGCACUAUUAGAAUCAACCCUGAGCUUCACUUGUAAUGGACAGACGGUAACAGCAUCCUGUGAGAGUGAUGGACGAUGGUCACUUGAUCCUACCACUUACGUAUGUAGCUCAGAGGUCACCUGUGGCUCUCCUGCUCCUUUCAGAGGCAGUGUGGAUAUCAGUGGUGGGGCACCACCCUUCCCAUUGAGUUCAGAGGUGACCUAUCGCUGUAACAAAGGACUGUUCCCGGCUGGUGUUAUGACCAGUACAUGUGAGAGUGUAGGUGGAGUGGGAACUUGGAGACCAGACACUAAUAUCACCUGCAGAGACAUGCUUGUAAACUGCUCUCUCCCUGAGGAGCCAUCCAACGGAACCAUAUUGAACUAUGAGAGGUUGAAUGAGACAGUGCUGGAGGGAACAGUGCUGACUUACCGGUGUGACAAUGGACUCUCACUGACAGGACCCAACACCAUCACUUGCACUAACGCUGGAGUUUGGAGCACUGAGCCUGAGGCAAUCAUGUGUGUACCCCCAACAACUGAAACUGUUGUCCCCCCCUCUAUUGGACUUAUAGUUGGUGGUGUUUUUGGUGGAACACUGGUGCUGGUGUGUCUCAUACUCAUCGUGGUGAUUGCCCUGUGCUUACUGAGGAGACAGAAAUCAGACGAGCUCAAUGAAGAUGUGGUGGAGAUGUCGGGACUUCAGGGAGACUACAGUGAGCUGAGGCAUGACGGCCCAAGGAAUGCAAAGAAAGCCCAACCUCCUCCUCCUGACUCUGAGGGUUACAGCAGAGUCAAUCGUAGCCCGGAUGCUGGAGCACUAACUUACGAUGAGGUGGUCCUCAACUCAGACAAUAAAAUAGGAGUCAACUCAGAAGGCUACAGUACAAUGAACACUAAACAGACUCAGAGGCUCCCCGGCUAUGGCCAGCUCGGCAAUGUGGCUACAGUGGAGCCAGUGGUCUAUGCUGCCCUUAGCUCCAGCCAGCCCCACAAGAAAGGCAGCAACACGACUGCCACAGUGGACCAGCACCACGUCACCUACGCCACUGUGGAUGUUGCUGCCACCAGUAGGAAGCAAGCCAAGGCAGCCACCCUCCCCGCCAGCCCAACAGCCUCAGCCCCAGCCCCGCCUGAUGUGGACAAGCUCCUGGACAUUGACCAGGCCUUGGUGCAGAUCAGGUCAAUGGACCACAAAUGGAGGGAGCUGGCUGAGACUAUGAGGCUGCCUGAAACAAUGAUUGAACAGAUCGAGGAUUCGUGUGGCAACAACCACGCUGGCUGUCUAACGGAGGUGAUCGACCAGUGGAUGAGGAGUUGCUCCGGGCGACCAACCUGGAGGGAGCUGGCUGGUCAUCUUAGUAAGAUCGGAGAGGAGCAACUGGCAAAGGAAUUCAUAAAUAUCUACGAUACUGGUCGCCUCCCAGUGGAGUUGAACAUGAAGGCAGUACCAAGUACCGUGUACAAGUACGACCGAGCCCCUCCCCCUCCUCUCCCCUCUCGAUCCCCCACCAUGACAGAUGACGGCCCCGGAUUACCAAAGGCACUGCCUCCCUCACGUCCUCCUAAACCAACUAUUGAGAUAGUUCCAGCCCGUCCCCCUAAACCAGCCCUUAACAACGAACCCCCGGCACCUCCACUCCCUUCUAAGCACUACACCAAGCACUAGCUGCUGUACUGAAGUGGUUGACUAAUGGAGGGAUGGAAGAGUUGCUCUGGACGACCAACAUGGAGGGAGCUGGCAGACCAUAAUUAUCUUAGUAAGAUCUGGGAGGAGCAACUGGCAAAGGAACUCCUGAGGCUGCUGCUAGCUGGUACUAUGUGGCUGAGAGUGUGAGGCUCUACUCUCAGGAGACCUGGAGGGUGGUCACACAGACCAGGGGAGUGCAGCUGGUAGAGCAGCACAUCCACAAAGUGGUGGACUUCUACAUCUCCCAGAGCCAGGCGGCCAACCAUGCAGUGAGAGAGAGGAAUGUAGCCUGCAUCUGUACUGCAGAGCUGGGCACUAAGGUGGGUGGGUGGUCAUGUGAUAAUGGUGCCUGUGUAACCUACUGGAGCUUUACAUAUAAUCCCCUAAACUCCGUCAUGGCUACUUCUUUAGUAGUAGCACAUUAUUAUACUUAUGUUUACACCUUAAACAGCUCAGCAAUAUCCCCCUCCAAACAUGCACACACACACACACACGCCCGCACACAUGCACACACACACACACACACACACACACACACACACACACACACACACACACACACACACACACACACACACACACACACACACACACACACACACACACACACACACACACACACACACACACACACACACACACACACACACA